CAACUAAAGAAAUUAAAACAACCCUUCAUGUAAGACAGCUUUGAUUAGAAUUGAAUUUCCCUGUAUUUUUUGGAGGACAUUGUUACAUUUAAAUCAAACUUUAGAUAAUAACUAACGUAAUGUCGCACAUCACUUUUAUUUUUUUGGCAAGUAGCAUAAGGUUUUGUAAAGAAUUUGGCUGGGGAGAAUGUAGCAGGAAUGGAAUCCAAAACAGGAGGAAUUCAUUUGAAGAUGGAGUUUGUGGAACAAAUCGGAAGCUUUUAGUAUUUCCAAUUGCUCGCAUUCCACAAGGCCGCUUGUGGUUUUGGAGGCAUCAGAAUCCUCAGCCGACCCAGAAUUCAGGUUCCGUUCUUGCAUCAAAAUCCACAAGUAACUUCGUUCUUGUUUCUCCCACUGCAUACCUUCUUUCUCCUCCAUCCCUGCAUUUUUUUCCUUCCGACCCCUAAAGCUUUUCUCAAUGCAUUCUAGUCUUCUUCCACUUAGGGGAUUUCUUCAAAGACUUUGUCCCAAUUUGCAGGGGUUUUCCAUUCACAGGGAGACUUGCCAGUUCUUUACAUAACGUGUUUGCGCUUUUCAAAAACGAAAAAUACAUAGAAGCAGCCCAUUUCCCGCCCACGCCCACGCCCUCACGCAAUUUCAUCCUUCUUUCACACGCCGCCGCCGAGCCAGAAUGGACUCCGUCACCACGACGGAAGCGGCGCUUCUUUCCAAACUCCAAUCCUCCAGUGACCUCACGGAUCUCCACCACGCAUUCACCUUACACCUCGAGCCCUUUAGUAUUCAUCUUAAACGCACCACCAUCAAAAAAUCCUCAAAAUUCAAUUCUAUUGACGUCCAGCGUGCCGUACGAAGCCUUGCAAAACAGUUCUUACCUUUUCUAAACAAAUCCCUUUCUCUCAUUCCCAAACGCCUCUCGGAAUCCCCUAAAAUUGCCCACCAUUCCGCCCUUGAACUCUUCGAUGCUUACCGCCUCUGCCUCACCUGCCUUGAAUUGAUAGCACCGGAGCUUGCUAGUAAAUCCUAUCCAGUUCAGGUUCAGAGGCUUCGGUACAUACACUGUUUGGAGCACUGGGAAUUGUACGAAGAUGCAGAAACAGAGAGUUUUUCUGUGCUCGAGAACUUACAGAGGAUUGUUAAAGGCGAUUCAAAGGGUAAAUUGAGGAAAUCCAAGACACUGUUGGUUCCUGAAAUUAAUGAGAGCGUUGAUAAAGAAUUUACAGCUUUAGUGUUGGAAACUGUCGUGACAUUAGUGAAGUGUGCCUCGAAGAGUCAGAGUAAAGAGGAUGCUGACUACUGGAGAGUUAUUGCUUUGGCAAAGGAAUCCCAGCCAUUAUUCAAGGUUUUGGAAGCCAAGGACAGUGAGAAAUUCCACCGAUCACUUGUGUUAUAUUUACAUAGAAUUGCUGUGUUUUUGGUUGGGGAAUUGACAUUUUUCGAAGUUGAUUUGAUAAUCAAGUUUUGUUUGACGACCUUUGAAGCAUAUAAGCAAUCAUCUGUCCAAGAUGACAUGUACAAGUUUGCAGGCAAGAUCUGCUCUUAUCUGUUCUUGCAACAAAAUGAUCUAUGCAGUCCCAAUGUUAUUGACAUAUUGAAAUGUGUGUUGAACUUUAUGGCCACCGAGUGCAAGGUUGGAAUGGAGAAAACAAAACUGGAAUUUUUGGAACUCGUCUAUUAUUGUGUAAAUAAAUGUCGAGCUACAACUUUGAAUAUUUGUGAAGCUAUUGCAGAAUUUUUCAAUGAAUUAGGAGGCCACUUUUGUGAGGUAUCUCUUUUUUGCACUGUCUGA